AUCUUCAGUCACAGGAAUUGUAAUGGUUAUAAUCGUGACCCAACCCGCAGUGAGACUUUGAACAUUCGGAGUAAUGCAUGAUGUUAUGUUUACCUCAAAACUUGUUACUUUCGUUUCGUGUCUCAGGUUUUGGUGAUCCCUGUGUAUUAUUAUCUACAGUUUUCACUACAUAUUAAACAAUGUCGAAUUACUAUUACAAUGACAGUGCUACUACCAAUGUUAUUAAAUAUUCAAGGGAAGCGACUAUUUUGGCGGCAUGCUGUGCAAUUAUUUUUUGUGUUAUCGGCGUUAUCGGUAAUCUGGUGACAAUAAUAGCUCUAAUAAGAUGUCCAAAAUUAAGAAUCCACGCUACAACUGCAUUCGUCUUAUCUCUUUGCAGCUCCGAUUUGAUAUUCUGUUUAGUUAAUCUACCUCUUACUGCCGCAAGGUACAUCUAUCAAGCAUGGGUUUUCGGAAACGCUCUGUGUAAACUAUUUCCGGUGUUGUUUUAUGGAAAUGUUGCCGUUUCCGUGCUAAAUAUGGUAGCAAUUACCUUAAAUAGAUACGUGCUUAUAUCUUGCCAACAAUACUACAAUCGACUGUAUUCCAAAGUAUCUAUAUGGAUCCAACUACUGUUUAUUUGGGGAAUCGCGUUCCUUCUUAUGAUGCCACCGCUGAUAGGAAUAUGGGGACAACUAGGCUUAAAUCCCUCUACAUUUUCCUGUACCAUAUUGAGUAAAAAUGGAAAAUCUCCGAAAAAAACCAUAUUUUUGAUUGGAUUUAUUCUACCAUGUGUUGUAAUAAUUCUAGCUUAUUCAUGUAUAUACUAUAGCGUUCGAAAAUCGAGAAAAAAACUUAGAUCGCAUCGCCCAAUCACAGAAAAGAGGAGUUCCCGCCGAGAACGAGAUGACAGUCGCUUGACAAAAUUGAUGGCCAUUAUAUUCCUUUGCUUCCUAAUAUGCUUCUUGCCACUGAUGUUAGUAAACGUUUUGGAUGACGUGACUAUCAUGUUUCCAACAAUCCACGUGUUAGCAUCUAUAGCCACUUGGGCUUCUAGUGUAAUAAAUCCUUUUAUUUAUGCAGCUAGCAACAGACAGUAUCGUUCCGCUUAUUCGAAAUUAUUCAGAAUCGUUAAAUCUAGUGUAGUUUUUUCUGAUUCCAAACAUAAUUCUAACUUGAAGCUUGAUAAAAAUUCGGUUACCUACAAACCUAGUGGCAGCGUCACACAUUCCUGAACUAUAAACCUUUUAGCGAUUCAAUACAGAUACUCCAUAUUUAUUUUUCAAAAUAAGAUGCUAAUAGACUGGUAUUAUUAUUUAGAUAUUUAAAAAUGUUUGUUUUGUACAAUUUAUUUACGGAAAAGUUUCAGCAUGGCCAAAGAAAUGAUGAACAUCUAGUAGCAUACUUCUAACAGAAAACAAGAUAAACAUCUUCAUAAAUAUAAUUGAAGAUAACUACCUACAUUAGUAGUGAAAGAUAUUGUUAUUGUAAGGAAGUACACUGGUGCAUUUACAUCUAAAUAUGUUAUUUUGUUGCAUAUCUUAGAUUUCAAUGUUGUUUGAUUGUAAAAAUGUAAUAAUCAUCAAUAUUGUUCUCUAAAAUAUAUUAUUUGUACACAAUGCAAACUGACAGAUUGCAAUUUUCAUUAUUGCUUUUUGUUUAAUUUUCCUGUAAUCAGAAAGUAAUAAAAAACGCCUCGUUCAUUCAGGUAGUGAAAUCGUUUCUAUAGGAAUAAGAUUGAUUCUAUUGAAAAUGUUAACCUUAUUACCUUAUUUGUUUUUUGGCAAUCAAUGAAAAAUAACUUGAUCAAUAUAAUUUAUUUGGAUGUCAUUAUAUGCGAUAAGGUACUGAAAUUUAUGUAAAUGUAAAUUUAGUAAAGUAGAUUAAAUAAAGAAACUUACGAGUAUUGCUUGAAAAAGAUUGAUUUCAUUAUUGAAUAAAAAGAUAUUUUGAGUUAGUCAAAUAUAUUUAUGAAUUACACAUUUGAAUCUCACUCUAUUCUUAUUUUUUUAUUAUUCACUACAGUUUCUUUUUAAAUAUUGGACAAGAAAAAACUAAAGAUAUAUUAAUAGUAUCACUUACAGCUAUAAAUUAGUAUGUAUACUCAUUUGACUAAUCUAAAUUAGGCAAGCUAUUAUUUAUUAUAACUAGAAUAGUUUUAAAUUUUUAAAUAUCAUAUUUGAUAUGUUGGUUUUGGACAGAGAGAACUUGAUAGAAAUUGAAUAUUUGGAUGUGUGGUAUAUAAUUACCGUACAUUUCCAAGUUUUCGAUAAUAAUUUAUUAUGGAUACUGGAAUCCAAAUAUGUAAGGAUUUAUCCAUUGACUUGACAAAAAUAUGACGUAACAUUUCGAUAACAAUUGAAACUUCACUUAAUCAAAAAUGGCUGCUUUAGUGCAUGUGGCAACUAUCGCUCAACAUUUUUGUUCUACGACCACGUUUGCUGUGCAACUUGCAUCUACAUAAAGUUUGAUGUGAGAUGAAUUAUCUUUCCUUUUCCUUUAUCAUACGCAGAAGACAUAAUGUAAGAAUAGCAUUUACCCUGUGGUCGCAAAUUAUUAUUUAUUCAUUUAUUUCUGAUUUGAAUCAAAUUGAUAUAGAGAAGGAAGUUUGAUAUGAUAUAAAUAAUCCUACUCAUUCAAUAGAAUAUAAAAACACAGAUGAAAACAACAUAAUGUGUAAAAGCUAUUAGAAACAGUAAUAAAAAAAAAUUUAAAAAUUAAUAUGAAGAUAAAUAUUUACGCAAAAGUAAUUAAACGAUUCUUUCUUUUUCAAACCUUGGUAGAAGAUUAAUAAAUAUUAUUUACUUUUUCUUGAGUACUUAACUCCACUUAUUAAAUUCUCUUCAUUUGAUGAAUUUAUAAGUGGAAAAGACUUUGUUAUAUAUUUUAAUUUUAACACAUCCAAUGAUGGAUAAUUUACAAUACCAUUGAUAAUAUCAGCUUUAUUCAGGCUACACAUUUUACAUCGGUGAUCAGCGACAAAUUUGUAAUUUAUUUUAUUUAAGUAAAUAUUUCCUCUUUUUAUUAGCUUAACGUAGCUGUAUUAUUAAUCAAGUUUAUUAAUAUGAACAUUAGGAAAUAACAAUCAAUAGACUGAUAAUUAUACGUAUAUAUGAGAUUAAAACCACUAUUUAAAACAAACUCUAUAUCUUUACUUAGGCAGUUUUUUACGAAACUUUAAAUCGCUCAUAGUGACUAGUUAUUCAAGAAUAUUUAUUAGAUUGCUAAGUAUGAUCAAUAUGUUUAUGAGAGAUAAUUAAGAAAUUAAAGAGAUCGCGUAUGCCAAGACUUCUCCCAAAGUAAACUUAUUGUUAUUAUAAGAUAUUGCCUUAUGUCCCUAGUAUUAGUUUUAUCCAAGAGUAUAGCAUAAUAUACCUGAAAAUUAAUAAGAUACUGUUUCAGAUGUUAAUUAAUCAUUUGUGCCAUGACUAUCUUAAAAUCAUAAGCCUUCACAGUUAGCUAGUCUGUUUUGCCAGGAAAAACCAAAUACCUACAUUUAUGGUAUACGAUAAUAUUGUAUCACUGUAGUAUUCACACAUACGGUUUUACAUUCAAUAUUCCUUAGCCAUAAUUAGGUGCUUCUCUCUUUUGCUUUAAAUGGAAAUUAUAAAAUGUUGUAGACCUUCAAGAAUGGGAAUACAUAUUUUAAAUUAUGGAACGAAUACUCUUGUAACAAAAGGUUAUUUGGAAAGUAAAAUCAUGACAUGAAAUGCUGUCUUUUCAACGUAUUCCAAUGUAAAUAUUUAGUUUAGUGUAUUUUUUUAAAAUAGGAAAUGACAAAAUGAUAUAUGUUUACCAUUGUAGUUUUGAGUUAGAUGUAAAAAAACCCUAGACCAAAAUAGUUAUUGGUGUGUUGAGCUUUGUAAGAAUAUUUUAAUAACCAAGAAAUCCCGGCUGAAAUUUUUUAAAUUUUGUCUAAAUUUGUUUAAUAAUAAUGUAGUUCAACAAGCAUUUGUUGAUUUCCAUAUUUGCAUUCAAAAUUGUUCACUUGAUUUAGUGACUAUAAUUUUUUUAUAAACACAAAUUUUUCAAUAUUUGUUCAGUUUUUUUGUAUAUGACAGUUGAAAUUUGUGAUCCUAUCACAUUUAUUAUAACUAGUGUGAUAUAUUUGUAGUUACCAACAUUUUUUUUUGUUGUGUCAAUUUUUGUACCAGUGAAAAUUAAAAUAAAAGUAUAUGAAUUUUA